AUGGAUACCGGUGAUAAUUUGAACGCGAGCCUGUGUGUUGAACCCAGUCCUCCACGGAAGAGAAGACACAUAGCCUCUGAAGACUGCUCUGAGACCUGCUCCUAUAAGCCGGCUAAAAUGCAAAUUGUUAAGAUUCUGCGCAAUGAUACGCGGGGCAAGUGCAUUUGUCUGCACGCCAAGUUCAGCGACUCUCUGAACCAGGACGCCAUCGUUGUCCUUCAGAAGAACCCCUUUCCAAAUGAGGUGCAGGCACUCUGUGAUGCCCAUCUUGGACGUCCAUUCUCUGAGGACAAGGAGCAAGAGGAGGGAGAGACCCGUAACGGAGUGGAAGAGAGUCUUGUCUUCCCCGAGUGGAAGGCCGAUAGAGUUAUGGACAACGACAUAUACCAUCGGCGCCUAGUAAAAGCUGGUUUAGAGGGUCUGAACUCCCUCAGUAUGACUGUAAUCCAUCCUGCGGAGGCACAGCACUUUGCCAAAUACUCGGCUUCUAGACGUCGGUUGGUUCUUGAAACCCCGGACAUCUACUCCAACGUCAUUGUGCCCUUCCUGGCGGCCAGCCCCCGCGACCUGGCUUGGGUAGACAACAUUCUGAAUGGUACGGCUGAAGCCGACAGAGUGCUCUUCACUGAUCCGGACGAAUCUCUGGGCUUCACCUUUGUCCUCGACUAUCGCUGGGAUGGACGCCAGUUACACGAACUGCACUGUCUGGCGCUAGCUCGGUCAACCAGUCUCACCUGUCUGCGGGAUCUUAGGGCCUGCCAUUUGCCGAUGCUGAAGAAGAUGUUGUCGGAGGGUCGCCGCGCUCUCGUCGCAAAAUAUGGUCGCAACGGCGGCGGCGGCGGCGGCGGCAGCGACAGCAACAGUGCUACCGAGACGACUAAAGAUGAGACAGCGGUGGCGCCGGCAGUCCUCGCCGAGGAUCAGAUUUUUGCCUACUUUCAUUAUCCGCCCACCUUCUACCGACUGCAUAUGCACUUCGCGCAUGUGGACUCUGCGGCCGACGGUGGUACUCAAGCAGGCAAGGCCUACCUUGCUGAGGAUGUCAUUGCCAAUUUGGAACAAGACGGGGAAUUCUACGCCCGCCGAACCAUGCCCAUGUUUUUACAUGAAAAUCAUGCAUUUCUGGCGGCGAUCCGAGAAUCGGCUGCAGCGACAGAGGCAGCAACGACACCCGAGAAGAAGGAGUGA